UGGGUGCCGCGCGCCGGCCCUUCCCUCGCCUCGCCCUCCGGCCCGCGUCCCCGCCCCCUCGGCGCUCCGCUGCCUGGCGUGACUCGGCACCGAGAGCCCGCUGACCAGAGGCUGCCAUCGCGCCCCGCUGACCAGGCCUCGGCGUCCCCCGGCCUCCGCCCUUCUCCCCCGAGGCCUCUUCCCCUUCACUUCCGAGGUCGGUGGCGUCGCAGCCGCGCUGCUGGGCUACCCGCGAGGAUGGUGGGAGUGAAGCCGGUCGGGAGCGACCCGGAUUUCCAGCCAGAGCUGAGCGGCGCGGGCUCCAGACUCGCCGUGGUCAAGUUCACCAUGAGAGGGUGUGGACCAUGUUUAAGAAUUGCUCCAGCUUUUAGUUCGAUGAGUAAUAAAUACCCACAGGCAGUUUUCUUGGAAGUUGAUGUACAUCAGUGCCAGGGAACAGCUGCCACCAAUAAUAUAUCAGCAACACCUACAUUUCUCUUUUUUCGGAACAAAGUGAGAAUUGAUCAGUAUCAAGGAGCCGAUGCUGUGGGAUUAGAAGAAAAAAUCAAGCAGCACUUAGAGAAUGACCCUGGAAGCAAUGAGGACACAGAUAUUCCAAAAGGCUACAUGGAUUUAAUGCCUUUUAUUAAUAAAGCUGGCUGUGAGUGUCUUAAUGAAAGUGAUGAACAUGGAUUUGACAACUGUUUACGGAAAGACUUGUCCUUCUUGGAAUCUGACUGUGAUGAGCAGCUACUUAUUACUGUGGCAUUUAAUCAACCUGUUAAGCUUUAUUCCAUGAAAUUUCAAGGACCAGAUAAUGGUCAGGGUCCAAAAUAUGUAAAAAUUUUUAUCAACCUACCCCGAUCUAUGGAUUUUGAAGAGGCAGAAAGAAGCGAACCAACUCAAGCUCUGGAACUAACAGAAGAUGAUAUUAAAGAAGACGGUAUUGUCCCACUUCGUUAUGUUAAGUUUCAGAAUGUUAACAGUGUAACUAUAUUUGUUCAGUCCAAUCAAGGUGAAGAAGAAACAACAAGAAUUUCCUAUUUUACGUUUAUUGGUACCCCGGUCCAGGCAACAAAUAUGAAUGACUUCAAACGAGUAGUUGGCAAAAAAGGAGAAAGUCACUAAGGUGCAGAAGGACACUGGACAAGCGGCUGCAGUGGGAUGUCCAGCUCCUGGCUAGUCGCUCAAAUUGCGCCAGAGACUCAGUGUUUCCUUUACUGCCAUUACCAAUAAAUCAUUGCUUUUGUUCAGAUGGUUUCACUAGUGUUUCUAUUGUAAUCUUGAUACAUGCAAUUGUAAAUAAAAAUCACUACCUUUGC